GCCUCCAUGUUUAGAGUUUUGGGAAAACAAAUCUUGAAAAGGCCGUUUGGUUUGCUGUCCUACACUGAACAAACGACAUGUUCAUCUCUAGUUAUUCACAAAAAAUAUGGUACCAAAACAUUAAAGUACAAUGUAAGCUCCCUGUCGGAAGCUGGGGAUGUCAAACUACCCUCACAAUAUCAAGAUCCCAAUUUUGAUUAUAAAAAAGUGACAUUUUCUCCUGAAGAUGUUGAGAAACUUUUGAAACAGAUGGAAUCAGAUGAGCCAUUACUUACAAUGGAAGAUCCAUAUGCUGCUAAACCUAGAAGAUGUAUUUUAUGUAAAUAUAAUGUUGAUAUUGAUUAUAAGAAUGCCCAGUUAUUGAGUCAGUUUGUAUCACCACAUACAGGAAGAAUCUAUGGUAGAAGAGUAACUGGAUUGUGUAUACCCAUGCAAAAACGAAUAGCAAAACUUAUUAAAAGAGCUAGAAUAUUUGCCUUUAUGCCUUACUUAAAUAAAGAUGUGGAAUUUUACGAAGAUGAUAAACUAGUAGAGUAUAAUAAACCAUCUCAAAAACAUUUCUGAAAACUUAGUGUAGUUAAACAUUGUAUGGAACAUUUAAAGUUAGUUGGGAGUAGUGAACUUGGCUAUGGCUUGAGAAAGAUGUUCGAAUUUGAUAGAAAUGUGAUGCCAUUGACAACUUCAUAAUAAUAAGUUGAAGUUAGCCAAUCACUGGAAUUGUUUGUUUAAAACCAGAAAAUGUAAAUCAUGUGGUCAACUUAUGUUGAAGCAAAUAAGAAGAUGUUAACCUCUUCAAAGAAAAUAAUAUGAACCUUCUCAUCAAACAGUCCAAAUUGCAUUACCUUAUCAUGUAUACCCAUCAGAUUUAAGGGAAAGGCAUGCAGAUAUUUUUCGAAUUAUGAAAUGAAAGGAGUUUUAUUUCCUGCCAUUCUGCACCAUAUGGGCUAAUGAAGAUGGAUGGAAUUAAGUCUCAGUUGUGCCACAGAUUCAAGAUCCCAAAACUUUGAAAAUCAAAAGCAAUAGACUGACAACAUGUUAUUUCCCAGAUUUGAAAUGGGCAUAAUCAGCAGGUUUUAAACCAUUUAUUUCAUAUAUCUGGUGUGUGAAUGAUCAAAAGUGCUAAUUGAAUGUUAUGUAAUAAAAUUUUAUAUAAUACUUUGUGUUCUCCAAGGCUACAUUUAUAAACAAGGGAGGCAACUACAUACAACAUUUAACAAAAGCAGGAAAUUCUUUAACACUUCACUCUCUCUUCCCUGUCAGUAAGGGACACUAAGGAUCCAUUAACAAUUGAAAAUCAAAAAAGUAGUCUUAUGCCUUUAAAGUUGAGCUUUUAUUUUCAUUUUAUUUGAAUGUAAUAAAUAACUUUAUGCCAUUGGCUAUAUUGUUAUACUACUUUUUGCUGAACCUGUAUGAUCAGAAUAAAUAAUCAGGAGAAAAUCUCAUCCAAAACUGAU